CCCAGACGUCAAGUGGAGAGAACGACUUGGAGCUACCGAAUUCGUAGCAUACUUUGUCUUCGUACGCAGGGUUCGCGAGAUGUUGGAGCUAUGUACGAGAAUGGUGUGCGCGUCCACGCUUUCAAGAGUGCACUGUCAUGAGGUCUUUGCAACAGGCUUGCGGUGGUCUUAAAUCACGAGCUUCUGCUCGUCGUUAUCGAAUCUUGCGUUCGCUCUCGAUCACAUUUUCCUCCCAUAGUUGAUUCUUUCCCAAGUGUUCUGUCACCAUGGGCUCCGCACCGCCUCCGCCCAAUGUUGUCAUCAUUGGUGCCGGCAUCGUCGGUACUAAUCUUGCGGACGAGCUCGUCUCGCGAGGAUGGGGCGACAACAUUACUGUUAUCGAGCAAGGCCCAUUGGAUUUGCCCGGUGGUAGCACCAGCCAUGCUCCCGGACUCGUAUUUCAAACCAAUCCAAGCAAGACGAUGACGGCAUUCGCGAAGUACACCGUGGAGAAGCUCCUCAGCAUGGAUUGCUUCAAUCAAGUAGGAGGACUUGAGAUUGCCACUACACCAGAGAGAGUGGAAGAGCUCAAGCGGAAGCAUGGUUAUGCACAAUCGUGGGGAAUUGAGACUCGAUUGCUCAGCGCUGAGGAAUGUCUCGAGCUUUAUCCAGGCUUGAAUAAAGACGCCGUGCUAUCCGGUUUUCACAUUCCAAGUGACGGACUUGCACUUGCCGCAAAAGCCGUCCAAGUUCUAAUACAACGUACCCGCGAAAAGGGCGUUCGAUAUCUUGGAUCAACGCGUGUCAUUGGCUUCGAAAAGAGCAACAAUCGCAUCACAGGUGUCGAGAUCGAGCAUGGCGGCGAGACCAGUGCCGUUGCUGCAGAUAUCGUAGUGUCCUGUGCGGGCUUUUGGGGCGUUGAGAUCGGUGCAAUGGUCGGCUUGUCGAUCCCGCUCCUACCACUAGCUCACCAAUACGUUAAGACGACUCCUCUAGAAUCAGUCAAACAACGGAAUAAUCCGUUGCCCAACGGCGCCAGCCUGCCUAUUCUGCGACAUCAAGAUCAAGAUUUAUAUUUCAGGGAACAUGGCGAUAAAUAUGGUAUUGGAUCGUACGCGCACAAACCCAUGCCUGUCGUAGCUGCCAGUCUCGGACCUACGCCUGAGAAUACGGACGAGAAGAACAUGCCGUCAAGGCUGGAUUUCACCCUCGAAGACUUCACUCCUGCUUGGGAGGAGUGUCGGAAGCUGAUUCCAGCUUUGAGAGAAUGUGAGAUUGAGGAUGGCUUCAACGGCAUCUUCUCAUUUACCCCCGACGGUGGAAGCCUUGUUGGAGAACAUCCGACCUUGGAAGGAUUCUGGGUUGCAGAGGCCGUGUGGGUGACACAUUCUGCUGGUGUUGCAAGGGCAGUGGCACAAGUUUUAACCAACGAAGGGAGCGAAGUGGAUCUCGCCGAUUGCGAGCUCAACCGAUUCGAAGACGUCCAACUUACUCGUUCAUACAUUGAGGAAACGUCGAAGCAGAACUUUGUGGAAGUGUACGACAUUCUCCAUCCCUUGCAACCCAAAGAGUCGCCCAGGAAGAUCAGAUGCAGCCCGUUCUAUCCCCGCCAAGAGCAGCUCGGUGCGUUUUUCUUGGAAGGAGGUGCAUGGGAACGUCCGUAUUGGUACGAAGCGAACGCUUCGCUGUUGAAGGAACUACCUUCCGAAUGGCAGCCCGCAAAGCGCGAUGCCUGGUCAUCUCGAUAUUGGUCUCCGAUUGCGGCUGCCGAAGCUUGGAAGACUAGGACCAGCGUUGCAAUGUACGAUAUGACGCCCUUGCGUCGGCUCGAAGUCUCUGGUCCCGGAGCCGCUGAUCUCGUCCAGCAGCUCUGCACUGGCGAUGUUUCAAAGAAGCCUGGCCCAGUAUCCGGUCCCGUAACCUACACUUUGCUUCUUGACGAGCACGGAGGUAUCCGCAGUGACAUUACUGUGGCAAGGAUUGAAGAAAAUUUGUUCCAACUUGGAGUGAAUGGGCCUGUGGACACUGCUUACAUAGCCAAGGAAGCCCGAAGACAGGCUGAGCGAUCACCAAGCAAGUGGGCGUAUGUCAAAGAUAUUACUGGUUCGACAUGUUGCAUCGGCCUGUGGGGUCCACGAGCCCGAGAUGUGCUUUCGAAGGUCACGACAGCCAACUUUUCAAACAAAGGCUUGGGCUACUUCCGAUGCAAACGGGCCAGCAUCGCAGGUGUCCCAGUUUUGGCUUUGAGACUGUCUUACGUUGGCGAGCUUGGUUGGGAACUUUACACUUCCGCAGACACCGGAUUGAAACUGUGGGAUUCGCUCUGGAAAGCAGGUGAAGAGUUCGGUAUUAUUGCUGGUGGCAGACAGGCGUUCAACUCUUUGCGCCUGGAAAAAGGCUACAGGUCUUGGGGUACCGAUAUGACCACAGAGCACGACCCCUAUGAGGCUGGCGUAGGAUUCUCUGUGAAAAAAGACAAAGUGGGGUAUGUUGGUCAAAAAGCUCUGGAAGGGAAAUCCGAGGCUACAGCAAAGAGACGACUGCGCUGUCUCACAAUUUCGCCCGAGACUGCGGCAGAGACUGGUUCACAGCCGCUCGGGAAGGAACCAGUGUUCCAUGGGGGCAAGCCCGUGGGCUAUGUUACCAGCGCAGCGUUCGGUUACACUAUUGGUAAGCCCAUUGCGUACGCCUGGUUACCUGCCAGCAUUGGUGAGAACGAGAACGUGGAGAUCGAGUAUUUUGGGACGAAGAUUGCGGCAACAGUGACUCCUGAGCCUCUUUUCGACCCGGCCAUGACGAGACUGAGAGAUUUGCCCUUGGAAAAGAGAGUUCUAGCACCGACGGAGACGGCAAGUUGAUCAAAGGGAUUUUGUGUUGCUAUUAGUUAUUUGGGGUACAAGCGAGCAAGAACAGCUCCUCAUUUCGCCUCGGGCUGUAUCUAAAUACGGCAAAAUUAUCAUGAUAGCAUAGUGAAUUUCAAAUGCAUGGUUUGAA